GCUGGACACAGGAGCGACGUCCACCACCAUCGACCACUGCCAAUUGAUCCCCAGGAUUGCCGGCAGGAGCAGCAGCGCCGCAUUGCAACCAUGGUAUCAGAAAAGAAGCCGGAGCUCGGCUCCGUCAUGGUCAUUGGCGGCUGCGGCUUCCUGGGCCACCACGUUGUGCGCUUGCUGCUGCGCGACUACACCUGCGCCGUGUCUGUCGUCGACCUGCGCUGCACGCGCAACCGCAGGCCCGACUCGGAUGGUGUGGUCUACUACGAAGCCGACAUCACCGACGUCGACAAGCUCGAGUCCGUAUUCGCGAAAGCCAAGCCCGACGUCGUCAUCCACACCGCCUCGCCCGCGCCGCAGGCCAACGACAGUGUCUCGCACGCCCUGUUCAAGAAGGUCAACGUCGACGGGACGGCCGCAGUGAUCAAGGCGUGUCAGCAUACGGGCGUCAAGGCGCUGGUGUACACGAGCUCGGCGAGUGUCAUCAGCGACAACAAGAGCGAUCUGAUCAAUGCCGACGAGCGGUGGCCCAUGGUCCGCGGCAAGGACCAGACCGAGUACUACUCGGAGACCAAGGCCGCCGCCGAAGAGCUGGUCCUGGCCGCGAACCGCGCGCCGGAAUCGCCCACGUUCCUGACCUGCGCCAUCCGGCCCUCCGGCAUCAUGGGCGAGGGCGACACCAUGCAGCUGUACCACAUGAUCAACGUCUACCGCCAAGGCCGGACAAACGUGCAGAUAGGGGACAACGACAACCUCUUCGACUUCACUUACGUCGAGAACGUGGCCCACGCCCACCUGCUCGCCGCCCGCGCCCUCCUCAUCACCGCUGCCUCCAAGACGGUUCCGCUAGACCACGAGCGCGUCGACGGCGAGGCCUUCUUCAUCACCAACGACAGCCCCGUCUACUUCUGGGACUAUGCCCGCGCCAUCUGGGCUGCCGCCGGCUGCCCCCACGGAACGGAGCAUGUCCGGGUUCUGCCGCGCAGCGUCGGCCUGCUGCUCGGUGCGCUGAGCGAGGCUUUCUGCUGGGCCAUCGGCAAGCCGCCAACGUUCACCCGCCAGCGCAUCAUCUAUGCCUGCAUGACGCGCUACUACGACAUCUCCAAGGCCAAGAAGCGGUUGGGGUACAAACCCCUCGUGAGCCUAGACGAGGGUAUCCGGAGGGCGGUGAAGUGGGCGUUGGAGCAGGAACAGAACAAGCAGUAA